AUCCCUUAAAACCCUAAUUAACUCUUCUUCUUCCUCCUAUUUCUUCUGCUCAGCAACAGUCGACUACGGACUUGCAGCUUUUCCUGCCAGUCAAUAUUUCUUAUCCAUCAACACCCAUAUCUCACGAUGGACAAGAAGUUAGCUGCUGCGGAGAAGCGGGUUCUCGUUCAUAUGGUAAAAAUGAUGCAAAAGAAAGGAAAAAGAGGCACCAAAGGAUAUUGGAAGGAAUUUUUGAACGUUCAUGACCUCAAAAUGGGUGACACUAUAAGGGACCCUUCAAGGAGGUCUAUUGAUGACUUAGUUUCUUUUCUGACAACAUUUACAGAAGAGGAAGAUAUAAAGUUUUUGGAGAAAGCAUUGGAACGUGGAUCUAAUCGCGAAGCAGUGAUACAGUUGCAGAAGAAUGCUUCAGAUAUUGAAUCCUCUCCCCAGAAGCUGGUUGUCUUAACUCUUGAACACCCAGAAUACGCAUGCAAUUACACCUUCCCAUCCGAUGAGGAGGACUGGGUAAUCACAAAAAUGGGUAAACUUUCUAAGGCAAAGGAAUCCGAUAAAAUGGUUGCUAUGGAUUGUGAGAUGGUUCUUUGUGAAGAUGGUACAGAGGCUGUAGUGCAAGUGUGUGUUGUAGAUCAGAAUUUAGAGGUUAAACUCGAUACACUUGUGAAGCCCAAUAAGCCUAUUGUUGACUAUAGAUCUGAAAUAACUGGAAUCACUGCUAAGGAUUUGGAAGGAGUUACUUGUUCUUUAGCAGAUGUACAGAAAUCAAUGAAAAAGCUGUUGUCGCAUGGAACUAUUUUGAUCGGUCACAGUUUGAAUUGUGAUCUACGAGCUCUGAAAUUGGAUCAUGCAAGGGUUAUCGACACAUCGCUUAUCUUCCGAUGUACAGAUGGAACUACUCGCAAGAAACCUUCAUUGUGCCACCUUAGCAAGAUUGUGCUCGGCCAUGACCUCAGGGAGAAGGGUGCUCCACAUAAUUGUCUAGCCGAUGCACGUGCUGCAAUGAAACUGGUUCUUGCCAAGCUGGAAAAAGGAUUUGAUGAAAUCAUUUCCUUGGAUGCCAAAGAGGUAACCGGUGAUGAUCUAUUGAAGCUUUUUGUUCACAGAAUACCAAUUCGUGUAACUGCAGAUGAAUUACGUAAAAUAUUUCCAGAGGACUCUACUGUCGUACUUGAGCCUUUCUACAAACCCCAAGCAAAACAAUAUUAUGCGUCUGCCAUUUUCAAAGAUCAACAGGAGGCACUUGCCACUUUUGAAAGUAUUGAAGGUGAAGAAGGAAAGGAUUCACAUGGUUUGCCUCAGAAGUUCGUUACCUUUCAACUCAGAAAUGGAAAAUUUGUCAGUGUUUAUGUUCGUAAAAUGGUUAGAGAUGACCAUCCUUUACUAGAUUCUUCAAGAAAGAGACGUAUCCAAGAAGUAGAAGACGACGAUGAGCAGUCUAACAAAAAGCCGAAAACAAAUUUAGACAAAUGUGCGGAACACAUCAAAGAGAUUAAAAGUCUUACAGAACAACUCGAGCAAAAGAAUAGUCAGGUGGUUAACUUGCAAAAAAUCAUAGCUGCUCUAAUAAGGAAAGAGGGACUCUAAAAAAUUGUCACCGUCUGUCUCCAUUUUUCCUCUAUUUAUUUCUAUCGCUAAUAUGUUAGAAUAGAUCGGAAUUUGCAUUGUAAAGCUUCAAGGUACUUGUCCUUGAGCGAGUAAUUUAUCAGAAGCAUCGUACAUCUAAACUUAUGUGUACUAGAGAAGAAAAACAUUCGCAGUCUUUAAUCAGACAAUUCAAUUUUGAUACUACAGCAUCUUCUAUAA